UCUGUAGAACGUACAACUUAUUUCCUGUUUUGUAAAAAACGGCCCAUCCUAGGAAAUGCGUUUGAGAAGUUGCGCUAUAGGUGUGAAUAUUUAAUUUGCGCUAUAAGGUAUAAUUUAGAGUGUAACCAUGGAUCCUAAGAUUUUACAAAACAACUCUGCUCAACCAGCGAGGAGGUCGACAAGGCAAUCGAUGAAAGCAGUUGCUGUGGAGUUGACACCCAGAGGUCCGCUGAAGAGGAGGAGGGAAGAGAUCAAGCUCCCGUCCUCACCUGUCAAUGGCUCCAUGGACGACGAUGAGUCCCCUGGCAAGAAGACCAAGUCAGAGAUUGGAGUGGCAGGGGAUGGCAGUUGUGAUGAGGAUAAGAUGGAUGUCCAGGAGACCACUGGGGAUGAAGAUCUGGACUCGGAGCUGAACGAAGACCAGGAGAUGAGUUCAGAGGAAGACUCCUCCCAUCACAAUGUCACACAGCAUAAACGUCCCUUUGAUACAGCUUUGAUGGGGCGCAUGAAUGUGAACGUACCGAAGACGGUCGGUGUUGGCUCCCAAGAGAUUGUAGAUCCCAGGUUGUACCUGACGAGUCGCAGUUCCAUUCAUACACCCGAGGAACUGAAAACAGAUCUGUUGAAAACCAAGAGAAUGGAAGCGUCAAGAAGAGCUGCGUCUGGUACCAAGCCUGCAACCCAACUCAGACCCCUGGAGAACCGACCAGAGAUUCUGACUUACAAGACUAGCAGCAUGGCAGAGUACAAGGAUAAUAUGGAGAGGAAAGACAAAAGAACUGGAUUGCCCAGCGCUAAUCAUCAUAGUAUGAGAGGUUACCCCACCUCUGAAGAGUCCUACACAUCGAGCUGUCGGGUGAACAAUAUUCCUACUCGAAAACAAACUACCAAACUCAGAAAACAAGAUAUUAAGAAAUCAGCUGUUAUCAAGGCAAUUCCUGGGAAAGAUUUUGGGGGGUGCAUGUGGAAACUGUGUCAGGCUCUGGUGCUGCUUGUCUCUGGUGUUCUGGGUCUUCUGGCCUACCAGCACCUCCCACUGCACCGUAGGCCUUCAGGGGGUGGAGACCAUCCAGCCUGGCCUGUGAGAGAGGGGAAGUUUGUUUCUCAGUUAUCUGCUCUGGAGGCCCUGUUCCCCGGGCAACGCUCUGAGCUGUGGAGGAGGAGCAGGAUCCACCUGGAGAGGCACCUGCAGACGGCCCGGCCCACGGAGCCAGUCAGCCUGAUGCUGACAGCAGGCCGCAGGGGGGAGAAGACGCUGCACUGCCUUGCCCUGCGUCUGGCCUCCGCCUUCUCCUCUGCCCUCAACGCCUCCUCCAUCCACAUCGACGGGGCCAGCAUGGCUGGCCAGGACAGCGACCAGGUCAAGCUGGACAUCGACACCCAGCUGGGGCGAGCCUUCGAGGGAAACAAGCCCGUAGCCGUCAUCCAUCGCUUUGAGGAGCUGCCCCCGGGUUCCACGAUCAUAUUCUACCGCUACUGUGACCACGAGAAUGCAGCCUACAAAGAGGUGUUCCUGCUCUUCACUGUGCUGCUGCCUGAGGAGGAGUUAGGGAAGGAGCUCAGUCUGAAUGAGGUGGAGGAGAGGGUCCAGGAUUAUAUUACGGACACCUUUGUGGAAAGUAACAGCUCAGACAAGCCUGGCUCCUAUAAUCGGAUGGACCUGGACAAGCUGAGUGGACUAUGGAGCCGUAUCUCCCACCUGGUCCUGCCGGUGGCAGUAGAGGAGAGCAUAGAGCAGGGAGGAUGCAUGGACUGAACUGGCAGCUACAGGAGACGUCUGGCUAGGUAGGAGCAGGCUCGCUGGGCUGGGCUCCUCUCCGUCUUUAUGGAGCUCUGGAGUAGCUGUGGCUCUGUAGCUGAGGGGUGAUGGUAUGAAGACACACCGAGGUGCUCUGUGUCUCUGUUUUUUUUUUUGACUUCACAGGUGAACUCUAGGACCUAGAGGUGAUAUCUUCCAGAGGUCAUAUGCUCUUAAUAGAGAUUUCUAUGCUGACAGAUUAAAAACCAACAUUUAAUAUUCAGCCCAACUGCACUGUCUAGUUUUAACUGAGAUGUCCUCUCUUUCUGGUCCUCUGUCCUAUUUCUGAUCAUUUCACAACGGCCAGCUGCUGAAAUCAGGAAGUAAUUACAGAGUGACGGUCUGAGUUGAGGACAACAGUUUGUUGUGGGCUGUUUUUAUUUCAGACCCAAAGUUUGCUUUAUAGGGAAGAUGUACAGCAUUGAUUUUAUAAUAUGAUGUCUAUUGUUUCACGUUUUUCUUGUUUUGUCUUUUCUACUGUACUGAAAAUGAAAUCGUUACCUUGUUUUUAAUUGAUAAAAAGAAAGUCGUUUUGCUAUUCCA